AGAUGUACUAUUACUAUUACUAAUGUCCUCAAAGUCAAAAGGGGUUAGUUUAAUGAGAAACAAUAACAAACUCGUCCGAACUCGCCCCGGCGAAUGUUCAUGACAUUCGCGGCAGUUCGCGGAACCAUUCGACCCGUUCGCUUCGAGUCGACGACUGCCCUUUUUUCGAAUUCGACUUCUGCCGAUGUCGACGAUUGAACUCCGCUCCAACAUAACCUCGUCUCGUUCAAUCGUUCAUGUUAUCAAAACUUCGGAAGUGUAAUGUCUUUUACAUUUAUAUCGGAGCGAAUGUGAUUUUUAAUGAAUGAACCUUACAAAGUAAGUGAGUUUUUCCAUCAACCGUGCGAUUAGACCUCUGAGAAAUAUCAGUUAUCUUCGUGACUUCCCUCGCCUUUCACGUAACGAUCGAACAGGUCCGGUGGGUGAUAAUGUUUUUCACUUGCCGUCUAUCAGGAACUAAUUUAUUAUCAUGAACGGUUUUCUUCUCUCUCCAUCACUCGCGACUACAGUUUUUAGUGGCACGCGUUCAAACUUUGUAUUCCAACAGAUUGUGCAGUGAAAUCCUGACUCCAGCUCUCCCAGCUACAAUUGCUAGUGCUCGCAUGACCAGUAGUCCUUGAACAUUUCGUCCAACCUCCACUCGGUUCAUUUGAUUCUUAUAUCAAUCCUUUCUUCUGUUAAUCAUCUUAAGCCUCUUGAAGAGCACACAUUCGCCAAAAUGUUGGGUAAAUUUACCAUGGUCUCCAACACUGGUAGUCACGAUGUUUACAGUGAUCUCUAUUUGGUCACGACUUCAGAAAUGUUUUACCUGGAGUCUCCUGGAGCGAACAAAGUUCUCUCCAUCAACAGGGCCAGUCAAGAAAUGAAAAUCAUGAGACGUGAUGAUUUCAUGUCUGAAGUGGCGGAGUCUGGUAUUCGCAAGAAGAUCUUCGGCAUGAUGGGCAUUUGUAAACUGUUGGCCGGUCCAUAUCUCGUUGUUGUGACGGACGCUAUUGAGGUCGGAGUAAUCAAUCAGCAAGCAAUCUGGCAAAUUGUCUCCACAGAACUUAUCCUAUUCCCUCGCUCUUUGUUGCAUUUGAAUGAGAAGCAGACCCGUUUGAACGAGAUUUAUGUAAGUAUGAUAGAAAAUGUUUUGAAUACCCCUCAUCUAUACUUCUCGUACUCUUACGAUAUAACUCACACAAUGCAAAGCUUACAUUUGAUGUCCCACGAAAUCUCUAAGCAGACUAUGUGGUCUAUAGCGAACACAAAAUUCUUAUGGAACGAGCACUUGCUGAGUAAUUUCUGUGAUGUACCUGCUUAUCAUUCAUUCUGUCUCCCUGUAAUUCAAGGGUUUGUCUCCAUCAAAUCAUGCACUUUGAAUGGUGUUUCAUUCAAGUGGUCAAUUGUGUCCCGUAGGGCCACAGGGAGGGCAGGUACAAGACUAUUCACUCGCGGAGUUGACGAACAAGGCAAUGUUGCUAACUUUGUGGAAACUGAGCAAAUCGUGGAAUCGAAUGGUGACCGAUCUUCGUUCGUUCAGAUUCGAGGUUCGAUACCCUUGUUUUGGCAGCAAUACCCCAACCUCAAGUACAAAUCUCCUCCGAAGUUAAUUCCUAACGAGAAUCAGCUGUCGGCCUGUACAAAGCAUUUCGAGGAGCUGAUAAAAAAUUACUACCGGCAAGUCAUCGUUAACUUGAUUGAUCAUAGAGGCUCCGAGGGUGAACUAGAGAAAGCUUACAAAGAUAUCAUUACAGUCUUAGAUAAUAAUCUAGUCAGGUAUGAGUCUUUUGACUUCCACCAUGAAUGCCGGAAAAUGCGAUGGGACCGACUUAGUAUUUUAAUCAAUCGCCUCGGUCACGAGCAAGACGAGUUUGAUGUAUUUCUGCUCCGCCGAGAUGGUGGGCAAGUCAUUUUACAAGAUGGUGCUUUCAGAACGAACUGCAUUGAUUGCCUUGACCGAACUAAUGUAGUUCAGUCGAUGCUAGCAAGGAGGAGCCUUACCAAUGUCCUGCAGCGUCUCAAUAUCCUCAAAUCUGGCCAGUCAGUAGAAAGUCAAGCUGCCUUUGAAUCUCUCUUCAAAAACGUUUGGGCAGACCAUGCCGAUAUCAUUUCCAUCCAAUACUCUGGCACUGGUGCUCUCAAAACCGAUUUUACAAGGACUGGGAAGAGAACAAGGCAAGGCGCCUUGAGAGAUGGUAUCAACUCCAUGACGCGAUACUACAAGAAUAAUUUCAAGGAUGGUUUCCGACAAGAUGCCAUUGACUUGUUUCAUGGACGGUACAUUGUAGAUGAAGGUGAAGAGGUAACACAUCCAAGUCCACUGAGCCAGCAGAAGGGGUGGAAAUACUACACGUAUCCAUCGAUCCUAGUCAUUGCUUUUGCGAUGUUCCUGGCCAAUGUGAUCACGCCAAACGAAUAUACAACGAGCACUUUACUUUACCUCCUCUUCUGGGGCUCGAUGGUCGGUCUGACGCUGACAACAAUCUUCUACAAUGGUUAUGAAUACGUUGAUGCUCCUAAGUUGCGUCCUUUAAACUUGAAGAAACUUCACCCUUUAUGAAAGCAGACGAAUACAUUGUUUAGCAGCAUUUCAAGGGCGUUUGUGCCCGCAUUCCAUUGCUUUCGUGUAUUCAAUGUUAUCGGUUAUUGAAGGGUGAAGAGUUGCCAUUAUUAAGAAAAGAUGACUGAGUUUGAUUGUUCUAGCUCUAAAAUUAAUGCAAUAUACUUUUGGCUGUCUGAGGUUUUUAGAAGAAAAAUUAUUUAUUUUGGAAAGGUGACUGUAAAAUAUCAUUGGUACCUCAUUAAAUACUUGCCUAGGGUCUUGAAAGCCAAGGAUCUUAAAAGUUAUUUUACUGCUUCAUAUUGAUGAGCUUGCCUACUAGAUUACUUAUGGUAGAAAAUAAUGCUAACGAAGGAAUUUGGGUUUUUCUCAAGGUUUCUCUUGACCGUGUUCAUUAUACUGCACCGCCGGGUAUAAACCUGCAUGAAAAUUUAAUCAUUGUCAAAUGUCUCCAAUAAAAUCCAUUUUUCUCCUCGAACUUAUGAAUAUUUUGGCUUGAAAUGUCCAGAUACGAUACACUAAAUCAUGGAUAGAACUUGUCGAAAAUUCCCCGAUACACUAAAUCAUGGAUAGAACGUGUCGAAAAUUCCCCGAUACACUCCCGAUUUUUCCAGAAAAAUCAUAUUAGAUCAGAGAACUUUUUGCAAUCCAUAAUGUUCACACAUUUUUGUUUCUUAGCACGGAAAAUUGCCCUAAAAACUGGAUAGGGCCAUUGACAUCAUUUUUAUUUCAGGUCAAAUUUUCCAAUCUCUCAUCAAAUUUGUCGUACUGAACCUAUUUUACGGUAGGUAUUCCUUUCCUAUGAUGUGCUUUUCCCACCAUGCAGUUUUACAUUAGUGCCAGAAAAUUUAGAAUCAAGUGUAUGUAUGAUCCAAGAGUUCAGAUGGAUGGAGCUGCAGCUAUUUAUUUACCUCGGACAGUUCAUUAAAGAAAUUAAAGGAUCAGAAAUAGGAGGAAAUUUGGUAUUUUAAUUUUAAGUUAUUAAGUUACUAUUGCAGUUUAGAGAGACAUGCAAAUAUAGAAAAACAGUUUUAAAUGGCGAAUGAAGUAUUGUGUAUAUCAUUAAAUCAGUUAAAAUUUUUAUCACUUUGUUUUCUUCAGAUGUUUAAUUUUCAAUUUUAAAAUUUUUUGUUUUAACUCAUGUUUGUUUAGAAAUUCAGAAACUUAGUACUUAUAUUUAGUUUAAUAAUCACUUUUACCGGUGUAUGUUAUUAAUUUAAACAUUAAAUUUGUACAAAUCAAGUGGCCAAUAAGUGUUGGUCUAUCUUCUCAGAAUUUCUGGUUUCUGAAAAUUUUAAGUAAUGAUUGAUUUAUUGUAAUUCACCUCAAAAUCAAAACCAUUAGUCGUAUGCUGUCUGCUGUUCAGAAAUCUUUAAAAGGAAAUUAUUUCCAGUUCUCAAUGAUUUCACAUCAUUCUCUCUUUUGUUUUUAUUAACAAUUUUAAUAUUUUAUAUUGAUUGUUUGAUGAUUCAUUAAUAAUCAAUUCCGUAGGUAAUCUUUCUCCUAUUCUCAUCCAAAUUAUUCAUUGUUUUUUUUUUGGUUUAUUUUGCUCUUUGGUACUGGUAGGUUCAUCUCACAUUCAUCCUUGAACAUAAAUAUGGUAUAACUGUAAACUAAAAGCAUACUAUGUAGGAGAGGAAUGCUACCCUUUGAGUAUUAAAACCAAACCUCAAAGGAAGGACCCUCAAGAAUAAUGAUUCAGGAAGCACAACGAAAAAAUCUCAAUUUUUGAAAAACUACCUAGUUUUAUCAAUUAAGUACUUUUUUUUUUAUCCCUCAAAUUCUUAGCGAAUUUCUCCGAAAAUGAUGUCAGUCUCUCAGAUAGUAUCUUAAAAUUUUCUCGUCUGUGGUCUCCGAAUUAGAUAGUUAUACUCAUUCAUUAAAGAAAAUACUUAAGUUAUUUUACCAGUGGCACUUUGAAGUGUUGGAACUUAUACUUGUUUUUAAAGUAGUUUAAGCACUUGAAUACUGUCCACACACUACACAGAGAAUCUAUGAUGCAAAUGUGUUUUCAGCAUUAAAAGUACCUAUUUCUGCGCCCCCUGUAGUCCCUGUGAACCUUUUCAAACAAAAAUGUCAAGCUUUAAAUAGGUAGUACAUAACUUUUGGGCAAAGCAAUUUCCUUACUCAGUUGUAUUUUAGUGCUAUGUUUACAACAAGUAAUUUUAUCAUUAAUUGUUACUUCAGAAGAACUCAUUACAGCUUUGUCUACAUCUACACCAUGUUAUCUUGUUUAAACUAAGUUGUUUCUCACUGUUCCAGAAUAAGUAAAUAUAUUUAUUUGUAUUUUA